CGUGCGACUGAAGCUACUAUUUCGAGACGACUUACACUGUAUGUUCCUUGUCCAGACUCCCUCUGACCCUGCCUCGAAUUGCAACCGCUGGAGCAUUCGUCCAGCUCCACCACUGGUGCACAAGGCCAACUUGGAGAGUUGUCUACAACAGCAGCAGCAGCUUACGUUGUCACCUUCACCGCUCAUUGAGCUAACGGCCUCUCAGUUCCCUCCACACUUUAGCAUUCCCUUCACCGACGAUCCAUUCAAGCACAAAACGACACCCAAACUUUAGGCGCCAAUGCCUUCACAACCACCAGAUCCGGGCUGGGACUUCAGCUCGGUCAUCGAUCUCAUAGACUCGGAAGAUCACAACAUCCGCUCGCCCACGCUACGGCCUACAACACGGACACGCCCUCUGAUAUCAGUGCUACAACAAGAUGGGGGUGUACGGUUGGGUAGCUUCGCAAAGCUAUAUGAGAACCUCGGUCUUUCCAAUGACGUAUCAGCACCUGCUCUCCCGCCACUCGAUCUCGAGUCUGAGCUUAGCAACUCGGACGAGACUCUGCUUCCCUCUCCCGUCCUCGAAGGCCUCCAAGCUCCUGUAAGCCAUGCCGAAGUAGCGGAAUAUCAGCCCGCAAAUCAUAAGGGCAUGAGCAAGAAGCAGCGGAAAAAGGCUCGCCAACAGGCCGAGAAGGCUGCACAAGAACAGGAGCUGAGAGCGAAGUUGCGAAAGCAGCUCCAAGACCUUGCAGCUACUUCUACGGAGGACAGAGAUGCUGCUAUUGCUACCCCUUCUCAGCCACGUCGAGCUCAGUCCGGUUCCAAUGUUGGUGCAAAGAUCAAACCGGCAAGCUCUACCGCUAUUCCCGCGACUGAGAAGACUGUCACUGUUCCGUCACCACAAAAAGAGCCCAAGACACCCAAAACCCUUCCUCGUCCUGUUAUUAGCAAGAGAUCAUCUACAGCACAGUCAAUUAAGCCUGUAUCUAUUGCCCAGGCUGUUGAGGCUAUUCCGGAAGUUCAAGCCAUUCCACUCGUAUCUAUUCAACCGCAAUACACGGCUUUAAGCACACCAGCGCCACUGCAGAAUCUACCUGCGCCACAGCUUUUAGCACAAUUGGAGCCCUCGCCGGCAACUUCACCUACUAGGUGUCGUGGACUUGUCCCGCGAAACGUUCGACCUGCUAUUAUACCACGGCCUCCACAGCAUGCUGUUGUUCCACAUGCACUCACCAGCCCGACUCGUGCUCUCUUUUCACCUCCCAUUCACGCGACACCAAUGAACCAACCACCCCCCAUCACGAUUCGGUCGCAGGUUGAUCGGCAUUUCCACCUGUUCAAUAAGUUACUGAGUCACUUUCCAGAAGAUCGGAAGUGGCUGGUGUCGCCGAUGCAACUUGUCAACGAGAAGACGACGGCGCACGGGCUCCAUGCUUUUGUUGAUGCAUCGAAUAUCAUGUAUGGCUUCAAAGACACGCUACGAACACAUGGGAUAUAUCAACCAUACGACAUGUCAUUCGACAGCCUAGCUCUGAUCAUGGAACGGCGCCGGCCAGUCGGGAAGCGAGUCUUUGCCGGGUCACACCGCGAAGCCAAUCCCCUUCCCCAGGUCACGAAGCUAUUUGAGACAUCAAGAGCAGUCGGAUACGAAAGCAAUGUAAAGGAGCAGGUGCUCAUCGUCCGUGAAGAGUCGGAGAAGAAGAAGUUCUUCAACGACGUCAAGAAGGUAGGCUGGCACAAGGCGCAACAGAUGCGUUCUGGCAGCGGUAGCGACUCUGAAACGGGUCCGGCUCCCGCGCCAAAGACACCGUCAGCCCCGAAAUGGGUUGAGCAGGGUGUGGACGAGAUUCUCCACCUGAAGAUGUGCCAGAGCAUUAUUGAUACCGAAGCUCCCAGUACCAUGAUUCUUGCCUCAGGCGACGGGGCAGAGGCGGAGAUGUCGGACGGGUUCCUAGCUCAUGUUGAAAGGGCGUUGAAGCGGGGAUGGAAAGUUGAAUUGAUCAGCUGGAGACAGCAGACCAACGGGGGUUAUCGGAACAAGAAGUUUCGGACCAAGUGGGCAGACAGCUUUCGCAUUAUCGAGCUGGAUGACUUCUUGGAGGAUCUCAUUGACACGCCGUAGGAUGGUUCAAGGACAUGGCUUGAUGUAUUGAUUGAAGAGAUGCCAUUUGUGGGUUAGCAUGCGUUAUGAGCAUUUGUAGAGAUGGCGCCUGGACAGGCGCCUGUCUUUGUUAGCGAGCGAUUGUUUGUUUGUUUCAGCAUCACGACGCUUUACAAAGCGAGAGUAGCAAUAUAAAGGGGGAUGGCGAAGUCGUCCGACCUUUUUGCUGUUUGUAGACGCAUGAUCUGCAGGUACAUAGCACAUAGCACAUCACGCAUCAACCACACCAUUACCCAC